ACUUUGAUCAAAGCCACAUGGAGGGCGGAUCUGAGGACUCUGCUGAUUGGUCACAGCUCAGAGUCUCCUUCUGACAGCAUGGCGUCUGCAGAGAAGCCUCUUCUCUUCGGAUAUUUCCGCAGCUCCUGCACAUGGAGAGUUCGUAUUGCUCUGGCCCUGAAAGGCAUCGAGUACGACCAACAACCUGUCAACCUCAUCAAAGAUGGCGGCCAGCAGCUGACCGAUGAUUACAAGCGGGUGAACCCCAUGCUGCAGGUCCCGGCGCUGAGGAUUGAUGGCGUCACCCUGAGCCAAUCACUGGCCAUCAUCGAAUACCUGGAGGAGACCCGGCCCAGCCCGGCCCUCCUCCCGCGGGACCCGGUCCAGAGAGCGCGGUGCCGGAUCAUCAGCGACCACAUCACAUCCGGGAUCCAACCGCUACAGAACCUGUCCCUCCACACGCUUACACGUCUCCUCUGCGGCAGGUUCCGGGUGGACAUGACUCCGUACCCCACAAUCUCCAGAAUCAACCAAUCACUGAUGGCGCUGGAGGCCUUCCAGGUCAGCCACCCGUCCCGGCAGCCCGACACCCCGCCGGAGCUCAGAGCUUAAUGGGCCGAAGAGGAACCCUCCUGCGUCCCCUCC